CGUGUCAUCCAGCCAUGGGGAAGAUCACCUUCUACGAGGACCGGAGCUUCCAGGGCCGCUGCUACGAGUGCAGCAGCGACUGUCCCAACCUGCAGCCCUACUUCAGCCGCUGCAACUCCAUCCGCGUGGACAGCGGCUGCUGGAUGCUCUAUGAGCGCCCCAACUACCAGGGCCACCAGUACUUCCUGCGGCGCGGCGACUACCCCGACUACCAGCAGUGGAUGGGCGUCAAUGAUUCCAUCCGCUCCUGCCGCCUCAUCCCCCAAACAAGCUCCCACAGGCUGCGGCUGUAUGAGCGAGAGGAUCACAAAGGCCUCAUGAUGGAGCUGAGCGAGGACUGCUCCUGCAUCCAGGACCGCUUCCACCUGAGCGAGGUCCGCUCCCACGUGCUGGAGGGCUGCUGGGUCCUCUACGAGAUGCCCAACUACUGUGGCCGGCAGUACCUGCUGCGGCCCCAAGAAUACAGGCGCUACCAGGACUGGGGGGCCGUGGAUGCGAAGGCAGGCUCUUUGCGGAGGGUGGUGGAUUUAUACUAAAAUAGGUUCACAGCUACC